AGGGCAAGUGAGUCAGUGUUUAGUCUGGGGCAUUCCUGAAAUCCCUGCAGAUUGUUGAUGAUUCCUGGUUUGGAGCAGACGGGUGGUGAGAGGCUGUGAGUUUAGGGCUCGGUUUUCAAGUUCCCACUGUCAGAUAUGGGCUCGCUAUUUCGGCUGCUGUUCCUCACCUGGCUCAUCCUGCCUUUACUGGGCGCAGAAUCAGGCAGGAAACGCGGUGCUCGUCAACGCGAAGAGGAGUUCAUGGACCGGCAGCACAAUGAUGUAUGUGUGCAGGGUUCACCAGGUAUUCCUGGCCGGGAAGGUAAUCCUGGAACAAAUGGGAUACCAGGAACCCCAGGGAUCCCCGGUCGAGAUGGAGCUAAGGGAGAGAAAGGCGAGUGUAUGCAAGAACGCCUUGAGGAGCCCUGGAGAAUCAACUACAAGCAAUGUGCCUGGAAAGCACUCAACUAUGGCAUAGAUCUCGGCAAAAUUGCAGAAUGUACAUUCACCAAGCUGCGCACAGACAGUGCCCUCAGAGUAUUGUUCACUGGUUCCUUGCGUCUGAAAUGCAAAAGUGCCUGCUGUCAGCGCUGGUACUUUACAUUUAAUGGGGCUGAGUGCAAUGGUCCAUUGCCGAUUGAAGCCAUUGUCUAUCUAGAUCAAGGAAGCCCAGAAUUUAACUCAACCAUAAAUAUACAUCGCACAUCUUCAGUGGAAGGGCUGUGUGAAGGAAUCAGUGCUGGACUGGUGGAUGUUUCAGUCUGGGUUGGGUUGUGCUCCGAUGGCUAUCCACAAGGUGAUGCUUCUACUGGUUGGAACUCAGUAUCACGGUUAAUAAUCGAGGAGUUGCCAAAAUAGUUUUGUCUCUAUAAAAUGAAAACAAACAAGAGCUAUUCUUGUUCUCUCAGUACAAUUUGAAUAAAAUCUGUUAACUUUCAUCAAAA